GUUUCCCUCGCCUGCCGUCCACUCGUGUCUGCUAUUCUGGGCACUGGCGGCAGGAUCCGGAAACAAUCAGCAAUAACGCAACCAGACCAAGCGAGGAUUGGUUGUUGAGAUGAUAAUUGGUGGUGGUUGCACAGUUGUCUCAACAGCGACCGCUAGUGCUCAGGUGCUCACACGCUGAAAAACAAGCGAACCUGAUAUUUGUGUAGGGCCCAUAUAUCGAGUAAUGCGUGGCGAACACUCGGACACAGACUCAUGUUUUGGCUUCUGGUUGCCAGGUUGUAAUCUGUAUUUUGGUGCCUGGCACGCACGCGAUGGCCGUCCCAUGGAAUUGCCUGAGCGGCUGCGGAGGGGGGUCGUAACCCGUUACCGAGACUGUUGUCAGAGAAUUGAAUGGAUAGAUUUGAAACCUGGGUCAUAUGAAAGAGAAAGAACGCAAGAGAAACCCGGAGAGGCGCUGAUAGGAGAGGUUCUAACAGAUCCAAUCCAUCCAUGGCGGUGCUUGCGUGGCGGCACUCGUCAACUUCUUGUCCAGCGCAGUCAGUCAAAAGGCAUUGUAAUUAACCAUUCUCGUCCAAGCAAUAGCAAUAUCGGCCAUCUCCAUUCGUCAAUUCCCUGCCUCCACAUUCCCACACGUUUCGUGCUGGCGCUGUCGCUCGCUCUCAACUAUUUUUAUCCAAUCCAAACGUCAUACCUCCCUCUGUAAAGAUAUCGUGCCUAUACGGUGUACACUACUGAAGCCUGAUAAUCAUAAUCACGCAACCUUUUCCCGCCCGCGACCUUCGAUAUUCUCGCACUUUGCUCCCGCUAGUUGCCUUCUCUUGAAACGAGACAAAACGUGCAUAUCACGACUCCAUCAAGGAACGCACAGAUUC